AGGGAGGAGGGCAGAGACAGCCCCCCAUUAUAGUCUCCUCCAUCGUCCAUUCCCAUUACAUUUCCUGGGGGGGGGGUCUUUGGAGAGGGCAGCAGGAAGAGGUUUAGACAUGGCGCUGGAGGUCCGACCCAGUUCCUCUUCUCUGUGGGUCGGAAGAGAAAGAGUCGCCCCAGAGCCUUCUCUUCCCAUGGCCUUUAGCUUCAUCUGGCACCAACCGGACCAACACUUGGCUGCCUUUGAGGAAGUGGCUGUCUAUUUCACCAAAGGAGAGUGGGACCUCUUGGACAGUGGCCAGCGGGCUCUUUAUGAGGAGGUCAUGAUGGAGAAUUAUGGGCACGUGGUAUCCCUCGAGCUGCCCAAACCUGACCUCAUCGCCCGCUUGGAAGCAGGAGACGCUCCUUUCGUCUAGCGCUGCAAGAAGGAAAGAGAGACGCGGUUUCCUGCUUGAGACGUGCGAUGGGACCAUUUCUCGUCUGGGAAUGGAGUGGAUCCCGGAUUUAAUUUUUCAGAUCCUAUUUAAGUCAAAAACUUGGGCAUGCAGAGAAACCGUCUGGCACCAGGUUUGAUGAGACUAUACAGUAGAUCUGGCUGGAUGUUUCCACUCAGGCUACAUCCACACUGAAGAAUUUAUCCAGUUUAACACAACAAACUACAAAUCCCAGGGAUUCUAUAAGCAUUGUGCCAUGGCAGUUGUAGCGGUGUAAAACAUUAUUCUUGCAGUGCAGACAGAGCCCAUGUUAAUCAAAGGAAAGGCUUUGGUUUGCUUUAAGAAAGAUUGGGACACACCUGUUAUAUUUUUUGAGACUACAAUGGGGGAAUGUAUCAGUUCUGUAACUUUGAUUUGAUGUUUAGGUUGGACUGGAAGCCCAUGGGGGGGCCCUUCCAAGUCUAGGAUCCUAUGUAUUCCUGCAUGGCAAAACGGGGUUGGACUGGGUGGCCCUUGAGGGUCCCUUCCAAGUCUAGGAUCCUAUGUAUUCCUCCAUGGCAAAACGGGGUUGGACUGGGUGCCCCUUGGGGGUCCCUUCCAAGUCUAGGAUCCUAUCUAUUCCUGCAUGGCAGAAGGAGAUUGGACUGGGUGGUCCUUGGGGGUCCUUUCCAACUCUAGUAUUUGGUGAGUCUCUGAUAUCCCUUAUACUACUACUACUACUAAUAAUAAUAAUAAUUUAAAACACAUUGGUCAAAACACACAUCAAUUUAAAAAGACAAAUAAAAUGUACACAUAGCUUAAAGGUAAUUUUAUACACAAUAUUUUUAAAAAUAAUUUUGUGUAUGAAAUAAAGUUUGCAUGCGCUGAAACAUCAGGAAAAGGAAAGACGCCACUAUCUCUCAGCCACUCGUGGAGGAUUUUGGAAUAUUUUGGAUUUUGGAUAAGGUAGAGUCAACCAGCACUUUUGAAAUAUGUAAUGAUGAAUUUGCUUGUUUAUUUUGUAUUCUUAUGUUGCUGGUUAUGUUAUUUUUUGUGUGUUUUAAAAAUGUUUUAGGUAUUCAAAUGUAUGUAUUUAAUAAAAAUAUAUUUUUUAAAAAAGCAAUAACCUGAGGC